ACUUCAUUCGAUCAACUCUGUUCAGUCAGUCAUAUAAGUAUCUGUGGUUAGUUAUUGUUUGUGUGACCGCGUGAUUAUAAUUUAUCGUAAAUCUAAUUUGUGCACUAUUCUUAAUUUCCGCGAAAGAAUUUAGUCAGAAUGGGAGAGAUUGAAAGCGGUCAAAACAUUCACGUGUUCCUCUUGUCGGCAACUGCAGUUUUAGUCUGCGUUUUGUUGCAUUUCAUUUACAAAAUUAUAUUCCGCAACAAGAACCAAGCGGUGGAGGAACGUGAGAGAGAGAACAAUUCUGGCACUCUCACUGAUGAACCGCCGUGUGAAGCCGUUGCGGAGACACGCGUCGGCGGUAAAAGCAAAAAACGCCCAGCAUGGAAAGGAAAAACGGACUUCAGCCAUCCCUGGCUUAUGAAGAAUCUCAAGGGUCAUCCCGGAACGGUUUUGUUAAUGGAUUUCUCAGCCAACGGCAAGUUCAUGGCCGCUACCUGUGAUGAGACCGUCGCGUCGGUGGACCCUGCCGGCGCUGCAGCACGCCGGCGCAAGCCGCGUGAUCAACGCCGCCCCCCGUCCGCGCCGACGACGCCGUCGACGCCGCAGAGACUCUCCACUGAACAACUAGCACAGGCCCUCCGGUCACAUGUCCUGUCUCCGAAGCGCAUGUGGACCUUGGGAUAUCCUUUGGAAAUUGAACCGAAUUCGACUAAAGCGGUCGUAUACAUAAAUCCACCGCCUCGACCUAGACCGAUGACUACGUGGGAUGUAAAUGCCCCUGAAUUUGUUCCCGGGUCCCAAGGUGACAGCGGUCGCGGGUCCUUGGGGUCAACUCCGCGAUCUGACAGUGACGAAGAAGCGGAUGCUGUGGAACACUUGUGUGUACGUUGUGAUAAAAUGUUUAGAAUGACUCGUGAUGGUGAAUACGUUAAAGAAGAAACAUGCCUCUAUCAUUGGGGCCGUGUUAGUAGUGAUUCUCGGUACGCAUGCUGCAAAUCAAUGCUCGGCUCAAGAGGAUGCAGUGUAGCACGAUCUCAUGUGUGGAGCGGUACUCGUCCUGGGAUGAACGGACCUCUUGAAGGUUACGUGCGCGCACGUUCACCUCGCGGUGGAGUGUAUGCUAUUGACACGGAGAUGUGUUAUACUACAGCAGGAUUGGAAUUAGCUAGUAUCGCGGUCAUUGCAGCCGAUGGCCGUCUUGUAUACCGAUCACUAGUUAAACCGAGUUCACCUGUCGUCGAUCACAACACCCGUUUCUCGGGCAUCAGGCCGCGCGACUUGGCGCGCGCGACUAAGACGCUACGAGACGUACAAAACGAUAUACUAGGAUUCGUUGGAACUGACACAAUCCUUAUCGGACAUGCUCUGGAAAAUGAUCUCCGCGCUUUGAAAUUAUUGCACAGCGCAGUUGUAGAUACAUGUGCUUUAUAUCCACACGCACGAGGAUUCCCAAUGCGCCGAUCACUACGCGCCCUAUCCGAGGAGCUUCUGGGCCGUACUGUACAAAGAGGCAGCAAUGGUCACUCGCCAUUGGAAGAUGCUCGAGCUGCUAUGGAUUUGGUGCUACUUAAAGUACAGCAGGAGCAAGCGAACAGAGUACACAGCAUAUCAUAUCAACUGCCUAUUUUGCAACCUUAUGAUCCCUUAGUUAGUUCCGCCUAAUAAUUUGAGUGAUAAUAUUUUAAUGUGAAAAGAAAUUUGUUCUAUGGACACAAUUAAUGAAUUAUUGACCAAAUUGUGAUUGACAAUAUUCGAGAGUGACUAAAUUGUCACGUUGACGGAGCGCGCGUACUGACAUGUGUAGUAUGUGCCUCUGAAUUGCAAUCGAGGCAAUAAACGUGAUAUUUUUUUAAA